CGCCGCCGCGCCGAGCCCCGCCGGGCGCUCCGCCGUGCCGCCGCCGCCAUGCCCCAGACGGCCCCGCCGCCGCCGCCGCCGCCCGCCGCCGCCGCACCAUGAAGCGGCAGAACGUGCGGACGCUGGCGCUCAUCAUGUGCACCUUCACUUACCUGCUGGUGGGCGCCGCCGUCUUCGACGCGCUGGAGUCGGAGGAGGAGACGGCGGAGCGGCGGCGGCUGGAGGCGAAGAGCCAGGAGCUGAAGAGCAAGUACAACCUCAGCGCCGAGAGCUACCGCGAACUCGAGUGGGUCGUCCUCAAGCUCAAGCCGCACAAGGCCGGCGUCCAGUGGAAAUUCGCCGGCUCCUUCUAUUUCGCCAUCACCGUCAUCACUACCAUAGGUUACGGCCAUGCAGCCCCCAGCACGGAUGGGGGCAAGGUCUUCUGCAUGGUCUACGCCCUGCUGGGGAUCCCCCUCACCCUCGUCAUGUUCCAGAGCCUGGGUGAGAGGAUCAACACCUUCGUCAAGUACCUCCUCCACCGCAUCAAGAAGUGCCUUGGCAUGAGGCGGGCGGAGGUCUCCAUGGCCAACAUGGUCACCAUUGGGUUCUUCUCCUGCAUCAGCACCCUCUGCAUCGGGGCAGCCGCCUUCUCCUACUACGAGCACUGGAGCUUCUUCCACGCCUACUACUACUGCUUCAUCACCCUCACCACCAUCGGCUUCGGGGACUACGUGGCCCUGCAGAAGGAUGAAGCCCUCCAGAACAAGCCGCAGUACGUGGCCUUCAGCUUCGUCUACAUCCUGACGGGGCUGACGGUCAUCGGGGCUUUCCUCAACCUGGUGGUGUUGCGUUUCAUGACCAUGAACGCCGAGGACGAGAAGCGGGACGCCGAGCACCGGGCGCUGCUCACCCGCAACGGGCAAGCCAGCAGCAUCCACGCCACGGACACCACCUCGGCCGUGCCGGCGGCGGUGGGGGGCGGCGGGGGCAGCGGGGGAGGCUUUCGGAACGUCUACGCUGAGGUUCUCCACUUCCAAUCCAUGUGCUCGUGCCUGUGGUACAAGAGCCGGGAGAAGCUGCAGUACUCCAUCCCUAUGAUCAUCCCCAGGGACCUCUCCACCUCGGACACCUGCGUGGAGCAGAGCCAUUCCUCGCCCGGCCGUUGUCCGGAGACCCCCUCCAACAGAUGCUUCUGCAACGCCCGCCGGUCGGCCAUCAGCUCCGUCUCCACCGGGCUCCACAGCCUGACGGCUUUCCAGGGGCUCAUGAAGCGCCGCAGCUCCGUGUAGCCCCUUCUCCAUCCCCGCCCGCGGCCCAUGGACCCCCCCACCUCGGCCAAGGAACCUUCUGGUCACGGCAGGAGGAGACCACUCCAGGGUCUGGCUGCGGAGGGGGGAGACAGCGGGCUGGGACCCCCGGGGUGGUCCGUGCUCCUCUGCCGGGAUUCGGGAGGGACGAAGGAGCAGCGCCGAGGCUGCCCCCCGGGUCCCCUCCGCAGAGAGAAGAAGGGAGCUGCUGGUUUUGUUUUAUUUUAUUUUUAACUUAAAUUAAUUCUAUUUUAUUUUAUUUUACCAAAAAAAAAAACCAAAAAAAAAAAACCCACAAAAAAAAACCAAACCACUCCUCGAAAAUGUGAAACUUGGAGAGCUGGAGAGGGUUUUUAACCUGAUGGGGUGGGUGCCUGGGGGGGGCCAUACCCCUGCACCUCCCGCCGGGAUAACCACCUCUGUGGAAGGGGCUGGGGACCCCCACGGCCCCACGGCGGCCCCACGGCGGCCCCACGGCGGCCCGAGCGUGCGAGGCUGUGUGCGAUGGCACGGCCAUGAAGCCGGACGCGUGACUUGAUGUGCACCGGGGGGGACGCGGGGCGAGGAGGAGGUGGGGGGCUCCCGGCAGCCACCGCGGGCACCAAGGGGGGGUCCCGUCCCCUCCAUCCUCUGCCUCCUCCGGCGCCGCCCGGGGGAAGAAGGCGAGUCACCGCGGGGCGAGGGAUGCCCCUGCCGAGGCGAGCGUGCGUCAGUGGGCAAAUCAGGCUAAGAGGGGCUUAGACGGAGCCUCCUCCACCGCUGGGCGCAGCAGCCGGCCCCCGCGGCCGAGAAAACAAGCCGUGAGUCACGUAGGCGGCCGCAAAGGCCCCGGCAGCCCUCCGAGAGCUCUGAACCCCUUUUUUCGGGUGGGCAAAACUGGGAUUUUUGCCGGAGCCAUCCCCCCCAGAGGCAGGAUGGGCAGCGGCAGCGUGGGACUGGAGGGGUCUCCAUCCUCCCCCGUGGUCCGUGGAGACCAGAUGGACCCCGGUCUCCAUCCUCCCCCGCGGCAGCUCUGGGGCCGGAGCCGUGACCCUCGAGGAGCUUUUUUUGGGGACAACCCGGGGCGUUAUAAGGCUUUUUCACCCUUCGUUCUCCUCCACACCCCCGCGGGUCGCGCCGGCCCCCUUGCGACCCGCACCCCGAGCCCAGAGCAGGGGGUGUCCCCAGGGCUCCCCCCAUCUGCCCACCCAGCACAACCCGGGGGGUCACCUCCAUCGCGGCCGCCCCGUCACGGCAAGAGGGGGGCGAAAACUUCUUCCCUUGCCCCCCAGCCCCCACGGGGAGCACCCCCAUCGCCCCCCCAGGACCCCGCUGCCCCCCCUGCCAGCACCUGAAAUGCAGGCUGUCCCCCAGCCAGCGGGGACGCCAGGGGACACCGUGACAUUGCGCUGGCCCUUCUUUGAGCCCCGGGGGGUGUCAGUGGGGACUGUGGGGACAGGCGAGGCGCCCAGCCCGCCCGUUCCUUUUCUCACCUUUUAACAGAAGCAAACCAACGUAUUUCUGAUACUUGAUGACCUGUACAUACUGUUAGAUACCAGAGAGGAUAUUUAUUAUAAAUGACGCUACCAUCGUAUCUAUAGAAAUCUAUAAAUAUCUAUCGGAAAGGGAGUCUGGGGAGGGGGGGGGGGGGGCGGGGAAACUUGUUGACGGGCUCCGGGGAAUUUCCUUUUCGGUCUCUGCAUCUUUCUCAUCCUUAGGGCACCCGCGGGGAACCGCACUCCCCACCCCCCGGCUCCCCCCCCGGGAAGGUUUCUCUGGUUCUCAUGCCAAAGUCUAUUUGUACCGCUGAGUUACUUUCCUGAGCGAGAGAAAUAAAGGCUGGUUCGAAACCUC